AUAAUUCAAUAUGCGGCACCUUCUUCUUUACGUUCGGUUUACGCGAAACCCCUUUUCAUCACUUAAAUAAGCUUUUCUUGUAUCGUUGCGAUAGGAGUACGUUACGCUGGUUAACUCGCCUUUAUUUUAUCCCCUACCAUGACUUUGUGCUCUUUGCAAUGUUGUAAUUGUAGUACGUAAGUGUGAAGCAUCACACAAUUGUAAAACAAGUUGAUUUUAUUCCAAUCGCUUACGCUAAAGAUGCCAUUUAAGCAAGCCUUCGGCGAGCACGUUAAAAAAUACAGUUAAAGCUGUAAGGAAUACAUAUUCAGCACUGGAUAGCAGUAGUACUGACGCAAGCAAAAAUGCUUCCAAAACGUGACGACGCGCACCGUUGCCUCCGAGCUGCCGAGCUGCUAUUCUAUUGACACAGCCGGUUUGCCUUUUCGGGGCGGUUUUCUAAACCAUCUUAGGUUAAAAACGCUUCAAAUACAACCAUUUAUCAAUAAACAAACCAUUCGUUAAUGAACUUCGGGCGGUAGUGUGUGCGUUCGCUUUCCCUGCCCGUUGAUCAAAUUGUCGUCGUCGCGUGUGUUUCGAAAUCGUUCUUAUCGUACGUGGACAAAAAGCGAAGUUCUCGUUGCGUUGCGGACAGAGAUGGCACCGUACGUGGUGCUUUCGGUGCUAGUGCUAAGUGUAACGCCACUGUUUCUGCCACCCACCGAUGCGAUCGUGCGCGGUGAACGUGUCCGCCAGCGGGGCAUGUUUCCGUUUGCCGUUUCGUUACAGCUGGCCGAUGCAAACUGGACACACUUCUGUGGCGGUACGCAUCUGGGCGAGGGCUGGAUACUAACUGCGGCGCACUGCAUCAUACCGCUGAGAAAGGGCAAUCUAACGCAAAUGGUGGCGGUAAUUGGAGGCGCCAGUCUGGACGAUAGCACUGUCGAACGUUUACCCAUCGUUGAGACGCACCUGCUGGAUAGUUACAAUCCCGUAACGAUGGUAGGCGAUAUCGCAUUGCUUCGGGCAGCGUUACCAACGACACCGAGCAGCAAGCCGGAAGGCGAUACACAGUCGACGUUACGCUUACCGAACGACACCUACCGUACGGCCGCUAACGGUGAGCUGUGUUACAUCUUCGGCUAUGGGUCCGGCUCGUACGAUGGGCCGAUCAGCCGAACGCUCCACUACGGUACGGUGCUGGCCCUCGAGCUGGACCGAUGCAUUGGAAUGAUGGGAGCGGUCGUAGCGCCACCAACCGACUCUGGAAUGUUUUGUGCCAUCGGGCGGUCCGAUGCUUGCAAGGGUGAUUCCGGCGGAGGCUACGUGUGCCAGCGCCCACCGUCCACGCAGUUUGUGCUGCGCGGCGUCAUCUCGUACGGGGUCGGCUGUGGGGCACCGGGAACGCCCGGCGUCUACACCGACGUUGCCUACUAUCUGAGCCAUUUUCCGAUCGGUCCGACCGUGUGACCGGUUCGGCUUAAAGUAAAGU